AUGGACACUGAGCUUCGCAACCGCAAGGCUGCAGAAGACGACCAACAAGACCCCUUAGCGUCGACUGGUCUCUCGUCUGCCAACAAACAUCACGACCAUCAACCCUCGUCCUCUGCGACGCUCCCGCUCGACUCGGCCUUCGUCAAUGGCUUUGGCGCCGAUCCUGAAAAGAAUGGGACCGGGCACAACCGAGUGCCAAGCGAUGGCUUGACUAGGUUUCCCUUGGGCCGCAAGUUGACAGAGACUCAAAAAGAGAACCUCGUCAAAGAGUCUGCAGAGGCGGCCUAUGGCAAAACGCCCAAUGGCACUAUCUUUAGGGUGCCUGUAACAAAGGACAUGGUUACAGAGAUCUUUGACAUGUCGAAGCGCAAGUCUGUCUUUGACAUCAUCACGCUUGUUGUCAUGGGAGUCCAGGUCCUGCUCUUCCUCACUCUACCCACGUCGAUCAAGAAGUGGCUCUUCUUGAUCCUGUUUGUCUUCUGGAGGGCAGGCUAUAAUGCCGGACUGGGCUACCUUCUCAAGAUGCAGAGCCACCGCCGCGGUCUGGUCGCUCUGGCGAGAGAGAAGGGGAUCUUUGACAAGAACCGCGGAAGUCCUUGGUAUAACUGGCUGAAGGACGAACUGACCUGUAAAAUGGAAUCCGAUUAUGACUUUGAGACGGCCCCCAUUGAAUUCAACACAUGGCUGCUGUACAGACAGUUGGUGGAUCUGAUCUUGAUGAACGACUUUACGACCUAUAUCUGCUUCGCACUCUCUUGGCUCACUAUCCCCGAAGGCGCUGGAUUUUUCAGCAACCUGUUGCGCUGGAUUGGAGGAUUUGUCCUGGUCUUCUUCAACAUCUGGGUCAAGCUGGAUGCUCACAGAGUCGUCAAGGAUUUCGCCUGGUACUGGGGCGACUUUUUCUUUUUGAUCGAACAAUCGCUGACGUUCGAUGGCGUUUUCGAAAUGGCGCCACACCCAAUGUACUCGGUCGGGUAUGCUGGAUACUACGGAAUCUCGUUGAUGACCGCAUCUUACAUGGUUCUGUUCAUCUCGCUCUUUGCUCACGCUGCCCAGUUUGCCUUCUUGGCACUUGUUGAAAACCCUCACAUUGACAAGACGUACAAUCCUCCUUUGGUCCAUAAGAGGCGCACGGCGGUCUUGAGCGAGCAAGCAUUGAGCGCCAACAAUGCAUCCACCUCAGUGGCAACCAGAACCGGCAGUAUCAGUGGCAGCAGCACGACGUCCGAUGUGGAACUUGCGGCGACUCUUGUCCCCUGCGGAUCCAAGGAUAUGUACAACACCUACUUCCGACGAGACCUCAUCGUCUUCAAGAACUUUGACAUCUUCCGAUCGACCGACACCUUUACGGCACUCAUCAUUGUCUAUGCGACCAUUGUGCCGCUGUUGAUUUCCAACAUGGGCCCCAGUUUCAUCACAUUCGUAAUUGUGAUCCAAGCGCUGCUCUGGAGAAUCUUCCACUCGUACGUCCUGGGAGCUGUGUUGAGGAUGCAGAGCGUCAACAAGUUUUAUACCAAGCACUUUAUCAAGCACGGAGGCACCGUCCGGGACGCAUUCCAGAGCUGGAAGAAUAUUUUCAACCUUUCCAACUCGAUGACCUAUGCGACCUUCUUCUUGGCAGCGUUCAAGAUGUACUCGAUCCCUGAUGACUGGACAUAUGGAACGGUUCUGUUGCGACAUGUCCUUGGGUUUGCCUUGAUUGCUCUGCACAUCUGGGCUUCUGUCUCGGUAUUUGAGGUCCUGGGUGACUUUGGCUGGUUCUACGGUGAUUUCUUUAUCGAGGAAACCUCCAGCGGUCUCUUCUACACCGGCAUCUACAGAUUUGUGAACAACCCGGAGAAGGUGAUGGGCCAUGCGGCGUUCUGGGGUAUGGCGCUGAUCUGCAAUAGCUCGUCAAUCUUUAUUCUGGCCAUGUUCUCUCAGAUCUCCAACUUUUUGUUUCUGCACUACGUCGAGUCCCCACACAUGCGCAUGAUCUAUGGUGACAAGGUCCGCAAAGAUGCAGGGGUCGUUAAGACCGUCAAGGCAGCGACGACCCUUCCACAGAAGUUCCAGGAUGAGGUGGCAAAAUUCCGUGGCAAGCUGGAAGAGACUCCCGAGAUCCAGGAUGUGUUAGAAAGGGCUCAUGAAUUUGUUGAGGGCACCACUGGCCUUGUCCAGAGUGUCGCGCCCAAGAUCCAAGAGAUUGUUUCCAACUCCAAGACACUGCUCGAAAACUCUAAGGACCGUCUUUUUGUCGUGCGUACUUGGGAUGAUAUGGGUGUGUAUGAUAUGUCGCAGUACUCGGUUAAACUGGAAACGAGUAAGCAACCCAUGUUGAAUGCCGCGGGUGUGCCCACUUUCCAGCUGGGGGAGAAACUGAUCAUUUCGUGGACGGCACCCUUGAAUCACGGCACCAAAGACUGGAUUGGCAUCUACAAGGUCUCGAGCAACCAGACUCACAAGGUCACCAACAUUGCAUCACAUGGUCGCUAUCUCUUUGUGAUCCGUGACAAAGGACUCGAGGGCGGUCAAGACCCAGGACUGGACGGUGACCAUGCUGGAUUGGGAGAUGGUGAUGUUUCGGAAGAAGAGGUCGUCUGGGUGAACGAGCAGGAGAUCUGUCGUGGGCAGGUUGUCUUUUCAGGAGACAAGUUGCCGUGGUUCCAAGGAACAUUCGAGUUCAGAUACCAUCACCAUGACCGCUACAACGUCAUGGCGCAUACCUCUCCCUUUGAGAUCAACUUGCCUAAUUAUGAAGAAUUGAAGGACAUCCCUGUGGGAUCGAUCAGCCAGACGCUGUUGCCCUAUGUCCAGCGCUGUUUUAACGAAGACGAGGACACGAUGCCCUGCACUGUGGAUGAGAAGUUCAUCAUGAUCAACCAGCAGAUUGCGCAGCGGAUCGUUAAGGGUAUCCAGCUUAUGUACGGGAUCGAGUUUGCGUGGGAGGUCGUUGCAGUCGAUAUGUCAUGCUUGCGUUUGGCCAUUCGGAUUGCGACGGCAAGGCGUGCCCUGGCCCCCUUCUCGGUCUCGACGCCUUCGCCGGACACAAACUCGUCGCCUCGGUUCUUGCCCACCCUUGAGGAGCUAGAGGCGUCGUCGGCUGCCGAUCCUGCCGCGGUACCCGCAUUGAUGACCGGGGAGGAAAAGCAGAAAUAA